AUGACGCAGCGCGAGGAAGCCUUCAACGACAGCAGCAGUUACACUCCGCACCAUGGCUCCCACAACCUCCCCACCGCGCCAUCGCCAUCGUCGGCGCCGGACCCGCUGGUCUCGUCCUCCACUCACCCUCGUCAAGCGCGGCUCCCUUCCACCUCUAUGAACGCGAUGCAAGCCCGUCCGCCCGCAUUCACCUCGGGGCACUCUCGACCUCCGCUGGGCAUACGGCCAACGUGCGCUCUACGAGAACGGCCUCGAGGCCGCCUCAAGGCCGUGUCGCGCCCCGAAGGCGACGAAUCCCGCAUCUGUGGCAAGGAUGGCCGCGUCCUCCUCGAGAUCAUCAUCCUCGACGCCGUCCCCGCCGACUCCGUCAAGUGGGGCCACGCGCUCGCCUCCGUCACCCGCACGGCGACGGCACGCACACCCUCUCGUUCGCGAACGGGAGCACCGCCGUCGUCGACGUCCUCGUCCGGCGCGACGGCGGCGCGUCGCGCGUCCGUCCGCUCGUCACCCCGCGCAGCGCUACUACCCGGGCUCACCGGCGCGGAGAUCGUCGUCGCGCCGGACGUCGUCGACCGCGCCGACAUGGCGGACCGCGCGCGCUGGUCGGAACGGGACGACGUUCGCGAUGGAGGAUGCAAGAUGCUCAUCGCGCAGCGCAACAGCACGGCGCGUGCGGACGUACGCCUGGUUCCGCGGCCCGGAGGACUGGCCGUCCCGGCGGACGCGGCGGAGGCGCGGGCGUGCUCCUGGCGAAGUUCGAGGGGGGGCGCCGGUGCUCCGGAAGUUCGUCGAGCGCGCGCGGACGACGGGAUCUACCACCGGCCGCUGUACAUGCUCCCGCCGGGCCUGGGUGGGAGCACGUCGACGGGUGACGUCAUCGGGACGCGGCGCACGUGA